AUGGAAGAGUCAACAUCUAAGCUGACAGAAGUCAUCUCAGAGCCCACAGUUGAACUGGAAAAUGGGCUCAAAAAUAUCAAUCUGUCCAACCCAUUAGAGAAGGCAAAGUCAGGCAAGAGGGUUGAGUGGUCAAGUGAUACUAUUGAUAAUGAGCACUUGGGCCGUCGCUCUUCCAAAUGUUGCUGUGUUUAUGAGAAGCAGCGUGCUUUUGGUGAGAGCUCCUCAGAAAGUGAAAAAGAAGAUGAUGACAAUUGUGAUAUACUCUGUGCCUGGGGUCAUCACAAGGGAAGACGCCGUGUUCUUUCAAGUACUGAUGCUAGUACUUCAUCUUCAAAGCCUCAAGACCCAUCUGAAUCUGUUCCUUCCCCCAUUAAUGACUAA